AUGGAUCACCUAUACCUUAACUCGGAAAUCGACGAAGACUAUCCGCUCAUAGCCUCCGUAGAAGCGCAGAUGCGGGGUGUCACGAUGAGCGCAUCGAACAGUCGCUUUUUGAACCUUCCAGGUGAACUACGCAAUAAAAUAUACAGCUUCUGCAUCGAUACAGACCCCGUCUCACUGCGUCUCCGUCACGAUGACCCAAUCAAACCGGUAGGAGGAUGGCGCUGCUUUACACAAACGUGUCGGCAGAUCCGAAAAGAGUUCCACAUCAUCUACAUGACUGAAACCGCGUUUCGCCUAGAAUCCACGUACCACUACGCCCGAUACAUCCGCGAUUUCUAUCCGCCUAGCGAUGAGGCCACGAUGCUGCGUUACCGCGGACACAUCAUCAGUGUAGUUGGGCAUAGCCGCGAUGAGGACAUGGGUGUGGACGAGUUCUACGAUGCCGACAUCGCCCGCGUCGUCUCGCUUGUCGCGCGCUCACCGAAGGUUCGCUUUACCCUCGAACUUCAGAAGGAUCUGAAAAGAUAUUCCUCGGCGGCAAAAAGCAUCGCACAGGUCAACAGUAUGCUCUCGUUGUUCGCUGAUUCGUCCAACUCAAAGUGGCGCGACAUGGGCAAGUCGAUCAAAGAGAUGAGACUGAGGGUUCAAUUUUCCGACUCUGCACUCCGAAUCACCAUGGAGCACGACAUGGCUAGGAAGUGGAAGACUGCGGUUCAUGAGAUGUGGAACGAAGUAGCUCAGCCCACGCGUGGCAUACGUGAACUGAGGCUCUCAUGGCCUGACCCGAACCCGCAGGAGCGUUCAUAUGGGUAUCGGCACAAGUUUUGGUUCAGCGAUGAUGACGAUAAGACCAGAAGUUAUAUUUGGCAUUCGUGA